UUUGUGAUUGCAGACGAGUUGUUCGUUCUUAGAUCAUAUUUUGCCCUUCAGUGAUACCGCGAAAUCCCGUUUGCGAACGUCAUCUUGGGAAAUACGAUGGCGUGUUCUGUUUCGGGCGAGCUACAUCGAGCAUUUCUCUUAUGAAAUAUGAAUCGCUUGCAUUGAUUCGGUAAGCCGUAAGACGGGAAAAUGUCGCGAGCUCUGCAAUCCAAUCAGCAGAAGUUGGCUGAAAAGCUAACAAUUCUCAAUGACCGAGGCAUUGGAAUGUUGACGAGGAUCUAUAACAUCAAAAAAGCCUGCGCGGAUCCGAAGUCGAGGCCAUCGUUCCUCGCUUUGAAAACUCUGGAGCCAGCAAUCAAAUACAUCGGAAAGAAGUUUCCUAACAUCGACGUCAAGGGAGUUCCUGCUGUGCAACAGUUUCGUCCGGAAAUUUUGAAGUCCAUGUCCCUGUAUUAUUACACAUUUGUGGACUUGCUCGACUUUAAGGACAAUGUUCAGGAACUUCUGACGAUAAUGGACGUAUGCAGUAUAAACUUGAACAUUGCGGUGAACUUCGACUUGACGAAAGCCUACUUGGAUCUGGUGUCCACUUACGUCUCGUUGAUGCUAAUUCUUUCUCGAGUUGAAGAUAGAAAAGCAGUGCUUGGACUGUUCAAUGUCGCACACGAAAUGACGAACAACCAUGGCGAUGCGUCAUUCCCUCGCCUCGGUCAAAUGGUCCAGGAUUUCGAUACGCCGCUCAAAAAAUUGUCGGAGGAAUUUUUCACCCAUACGAAACUGCUGCUUCAAGCCUUGACGUCUCUACGAGAAGUUUUCCCGAAGAGAAAUUUCACGGCUGAUCUUGCGAGGAAUAUGAUGCUGUUUUCACUAUUGAAUAACCCAGCGAACAUGUUGCAGCCAGCGGAUCGUGAAUUGACUCCUUGUUGCUAUACGGAAUGCUUAUCCAUCGAGACUGUUGAGAGAUGGAUAAUUGUUGGGUUCGUGUUGUGUCACCAGAGCAUCAGCCAGCAGCAGCAAUUACUGAAUGAACUUUGGUUUCCCGCGCUACAGAACGGAUGGGUCUUGACAUUGUUUCGUGACGAAGUCUGGCCCUUCCACACUGAAAUAAUGUCCUUCUUCGAGGGAAUCAAAGGAUACAACAAGCGUGUUUCCGAGGUAAAGGAGUGCUACAACAACGCUAUCCAGAACGCGGCUCGGGUUCACCGAGAAAAGAGGAAAUUUUUGCGCGUUGCUCUUAAGGAAAUCUCUUUGGUGAUCACGGAUCAACCAGGUCUUCUUGGCCCGAAAGCUCUGACGAUCUUCUCGGCUUUGUCAAUGGCUCGUGAUGAGUUUAAUUGGCUCGUUCGACACGGGGAAAACCCGCCUCCGAAAGCUGCAGGGGGAAAGAAGGGAAACAUUAUUGACGACCUUGUGGAUCGUCAACUUCCGGAAUUGUUGUUCCAUAUCGAAGAGCUUCGAGCCUUGGUCAGGAAAUACAGCCAGAUUUUGCAGAGGUAUUACGUGCAAUUUUUGGCUGAAAAUGACGCUGUUUCGCUGCAAAUCGUUAUGCAACAUUUGAAUCAAUGUUCGGAAGACGACUCUGCGAUUCUCACGUCCAUUUAUGACACGAUAUGUGGUUUGAAUGUCAAGCAAGUUGCUGAUGGGGAACUUUUCGAUUUGCGCUCGGUUCGGUUAGACUGGUUCCGACUACAAUCCUACAGCUCUACUUCUGUCAGCUCUGCGAGAUCGUUCCAGCUUAUGGAUCACUCGAAUUUGGCCCUGACCUUGAAUGACAUCAUGUUCAGAUCCAAGUUGGUGGAUUAUUUGGAUGGUUUGCUGGUCGAGUUCUCCGAUUUGAGCCAAUACGCCUACUACAGUCGUCUUUUCGAGGACAAUUUCCACAUGUGCUUGGAAUUUCCGGCUCAGAAUAGGUACAUAAUUGCAUUCCCGCUCAUUUGCGCGCAUUUUCAAAACAGCACGCAUGAACUGUGCCCCGAGGAACGGCAUCAUAUUCGGGAACGAAGUCUGAGUCUCGUCAACUUGUUCCUGGACGAAAUGGCGAAAGAGGCAAAGAAUAUCACGACGGCCAUUUGUGACGAGCAGUGUAACCUUAGUGACAAGCUGAGACCGAAGCAUUGUGCGAGAUUCAUUGCUGCUCAUCAAGGGAAGAAGAAAGGAUCUGCUGCCAACUCGAGCAAGUCGUCUUUGAGUGGGAAAAAGUCUGAUGCGAUUUCUGGACACGGUUCCGUGACCAAACCCGGUUCGGAGAGCUAUCGUAAAACAAGAGAAGUACUUACGACGAUGGACAAGUUGCACAUGGCGUUGACUGAGUUGUGCUUUAGCAUAAAUUACUGCCCGUCGAUUUGCGUGUGGGAAUACACUUUUGCGCCUCGGGAAUAUUUGUACCAGCACUUGGAGAUGCGUUUUGCCAAGGCCCUGGUGGGUAUGGUGAGCUACAACCCGGACACCAUGGAGAUCGCGAAACCUUCUGAAUUCCUUGACUCGGUCCGAUCCUACAUGAACGUGCUGCAGUUCGUGGAGAACUAUGUUCACUUGGACAUGUCGCGAGUCUUCAACAAUGUACUCCUGCAGCAAACUCAGAACCAGGAUCCUCUUGGCGAGAAGACGAUUGCACAGUUAUACUGUCACUAUUAUUCCAGUGUGUUAUUGAACCGAGUCAAGAACUCUGGUCCAGGACACAUAGUGUUUUCGCCGUCACAGAGAGCGUUUGUCAGUUUAACUGCGCAAGGAGCCCAGCCAUUCAACGUGGAGGAGUUCUCAGAUGUGAAUGAGCUGCGGGCUUUGGCUGACCUCAUUGGGCCUUAUGGCAUGAAAUUAUUGAAUGAGACGUUGGUUUGGGAUGUGGCCAGGGAAAUCAUGGAGUUGAAGAAAAUCGUUGUCCUCAACAAAGACAUCCUGCAGGACUUGCGAACUAAUUUCGACAAGCCCGAGAAAAUGAAGGAGCUGACGAAACGACUCACGAAUGUGGACCAUUUGCUGGGGAAGAUGAUUUGCGUUGGCAUUACGCUGUGCUUCCGAGAUUUGGCUCAAAGUGCCUUGAACGACAUUCUCUACGAUCGUAUUCCAUUUUUACUGAGCUCUGUUUACGACAUCAAGAAGGAUAGGGAGAACUUUCCGGAUCUAGGCCUCACGGAAGGGAGCCCAACGUCGUGUUCCAUCAUCGAUGACAUGGGCUCGGCGGCUGGGAUCAAGUGUCGCAUCGACCCGAUGCUUGUUCAGGCCCUGCGAAGCGCCUUUGGGCAAUCUGUGCAGGCCGGAAAACUACCUGAUGGCGGAGGUCCCGUGGCUACGACUCCUGAGGACGAUUAUUUGCUAAGCUGUCUGCUGAUGGUUUUCAUCGCAGUGACUAUUCCGCAAUUGGCCCGGCAACCUGGUUCCACUUACAGACCUGAUUUCGAGAGUCACUCGAAUAACAUGCAUUGCUUAUCAACUGCAAUUAACGAAGUAUUCGGAGCUUUGUUCUCCAUGUACUCCCAUUAUCAAGCGGACAUCGAUGAUAGAUUGAAGGAAUUCCUCGCAUUGGCGUCUUCCAGCUUAUUAAGGCUUGGCCAAGAAACGGAGAAAGAGGUGAUAAAAAACAGAGACUCUGUGUAUUUGCUGUUGGAUCUGAUCGUGAAACAGUCUCCGUUUUUGACGAUGGACAUGUUGGAGUCGUGUUUUCCGUACGCCUUGAUUCGGAAUGCGUAUCACGCCGUGUGCAAAGCUGCAACUACCGGUUCUGAUGCUCCUGUGUGUUCAAUACAACUUCACUACGCGUUCCGAGAGGGAAAUCGAUGCAACAGGAGAGGAAAUGAUGCCGUGAUGGUCGGUAUGAGCACAAAUGGAGGUUGUCGGGUUAACCCACCUCCUCCGCAGGGACGGAUUUUCGCGGGUCCCAUUUCUACCCAGGACCAUUUCGUUAAGGACAAAUCCUCCGGGAGCGUCCGCGAUCACUUGGUGACUCGUGCCUCAGGGGUGCUAGAAUCAUCAAUUUUGCCGUGGAUUAUUCUGCGACGAGGUGACUCGUGUGUCAAAGCGUGCUGGAAUCAUCAAUUUUGCAGUGGAUUAGUCCUCAACGACAAGGUGACGAACAUCGAGCUGAAUGAGAUCUUCCGUGGAAUGGACCGCUAUCCGACGAGUGACGCACAUCGAGCUGAAUGA